GGAAGCUGAGCUUUGGAAUUCCAACAUCUUAUCCGUAUCCCGCGAUGGCUGAACAGUCCAUGAAUUAUGGCGGUGCAACCGCUCUGAGUCAAGCCAAGCCGAAUCGCCCAAGGUUCCUGGUCCUCCCAUUGGUCUAUUGCAUCCUCGUGCCAUGGGCAGUCUUUGCUAUGGUUCUUUGGGUGCGGUCUUUCCGACUGCGUUUCUCGCAUCCUGAGAUUGCCUUCACGGUGGAGGUGGUGAUUUGGAUCCUUGCGUUGUGUUUGCAAUUUCUGGCUCUUGGCAGACAAGCGCGUCGACUACGUGGUGAGGCAGUCGAUGCCUCAUGGCUCAACUUUGUGGCGGCGAGCGUGUUGCUGUGGCUAGCAGUUGCCACGAUGCUUGGGGAGUACAACUAUAAGGCCAACAUGGAGCCUUACUACGACAUAGCUGCUCUACAGACAUACGUGGACAUCGAUCCGGUGAAUGCCAGGGGCGAGAAUCUCAUGGAUGCCGGACGAAUGGUCUUCACAAAGGCUUCUUAUUUGGACCUCAAGCACUCUAUGGGUUACAUGGACAGUGAAACUUGGUGCGUGGCACCUGUGGUCACCCGAGAUCUGGAUCAGAACAGUACGCAGUUGGUCGCAGACUUCUGGGCCAUUGGGAAGAAUUGCUGUGCAGGAAGCAAGGGCGGCGACUUCAAAUGUGGCUCGUGGUCAAGCCACAUUGCACACGGUGGCCUUCGACUUCUGAAUGAUGCGGAGCUGUCUAACUACAGGCUUGCUGUUCACCAAGCUGCUUCUGCCUUCCACAUUCAGGUGCAUCACCCCAUCUUCCUGUACUGGAUGCCGGAGCCGAUUGAGGAGGUGGAUGCCUAUUCGAGAAGUGGACACAGGCUCUUUCACUGUGCCGUGCAAACAACCUUUUGGAUUCAAGCGAGCCUUGUCUUCCUGGCAGUCUUCUUUAUCUCGAAGCUUGCCCAGUUCUGAUCUGGCAACGUUCUGCGUGCGAGCGGAAGAACCGUUGCGAAAGAAAGUCGUCCUGCGCAAGCGGAGUUGUCACACUGGGAGCGAGUUCUCUUGUCGGUGCAGCAGUGAUUGUGUUCCUUUUGAAGGUUGAACACAACGACAUGGGCAGACGGUCUCGAAGACCAGCCAACUUUCCAUAAGUUUCGUUUACAGCGUCGAGUACGCCGCUCCAAUCCCUUUUGGCCUUGCAUGCGGCAAGUGAUAAAGAUCAGACGUGGAUCAACCGUGAUCAACCUAGCAUCUCUGUUGGCUAUAGUGAUC